AUGGGCAUGUUCUUCGAGAAUAAACUAAUCGCAAAAAACUCACCUCUACAGAUUGCUGUCUCUCAGCGUAUUAUACAGCCGAGGGUAGAACCAAGCCAAAUAUAUUUGAUUAAUAGGGCGUUGCAGCAACUAACACAGUUGACUCACAAAAACGAUUACUGUUCAACGUCUAAUAUAAACGCUCCUGUUGAUCAUGCUAACAUAUUUCAUGUUCGGAAUUUCAACUCGUUCAACCACCAGGCGGGACAUUUAACAUGUCCAAAUGCAAAAUUAUAUAAAACGGAAUUGUGUCAGUAUUGGUGUAACGGCUCACCUUGCAAAUUUGGGAAUGCUUGUUGGUUUGCUCAUGGACCACAAGAUCUUCAGGCUUUUUCGGCCAAAGUAGCAGAAAAGGGAAAGUCAAAGUCUUCUGGUCACAGGAAUAAACGUAAGAACAAAUGCUUCAGUCGCUCUUCAGUUCUCUUCAAUAACAAAAAACCCUCUAACGUCUGGGAUAGUGGUAUUUUGAGUGACAUAUGUUCGCCCAUCGGAUCUUCGAUUCCUAGUCUAGAUAAAGAGCCUAUGUUUUCCUCUCUACCAUGUCCCUCCAACGGUACUGACUGCCACAGCGUUACAGAUCAUGGGGUGAAUUUAAAGGAUUUACAGUUUGGGAUGGCAUCUUCCAAAAAAGAUUUCUGUGAGAUGUACGUUUGGUGUGGUUUCUGUGUUAUGGGGAACGCGUGUCCUUACGUUCAUUCUCAAGGAUGA